CGAUGCUCAGUUCGGUUCGUUGCCGAGCAAAGGCGAGGCUGACUCGUCGAGUUUUUCCGAGUUCAUCACGUCCGAGCGUGUUAAAGUGGUGGCGAUACUGGCUUUAGCUUUGGCGCUUUGCAAUGCGGAUAGAGUCGUGAUGUCAGUGGCGAUUGUGCCGUUGUCAGCUGUUGAUGGAUGGAGCCGGUCGUUUGGCGGCAUUGUUCAGUCAUCCUUUCUAUGGGGAUACUUAAUUUCACCAAUAGCGGGAGGGACAUUAGUGGACUAUUAUGGUGGUAAGGCCGUAAUGGCAUGCGGUGUGGCAUUGUGGUCAUUAGCUACAUUUCUUACGCCUUGGGCUGCUGAAAACUCUUUAUUGGCAUUACUUUUUGCAAAUGCUAUGCUUGGUGUUGCAGAAGGCGUAGCUCUUCCUUGCAUGAACAACAUGAUAGCUAGAUGGUUUCCAUCUACAGAACGCUCAAGGGCUGUUGCAAUGGCAAUGGCUGGAUUUCAGCUUGGAAAUGCAAUAGGACUCACUUUGUCCCCAAUUCUCAUGUCCCAAGGUGGCAUAUUUGGCCCUUUUGUAAUAUUUGGACUAUGCGGAUUUCUCUGGGUUUUAGUAUGGUUAUCUGCGACCUCAAAUACACCUGCCCUAAGUCCCCGGAUAUCAAAAUAUGAACUGGAAUACAUAAUGAACAAGAGACAAAAAUCUCAUGCAGUGGAAAGCAAACCUAAGACCACAAUGAUCCCUCCAUUCAUAAGAUUGCUUUCUAAAAUGCCAACAUGGUCCCUAAUUGUUGCAAAUGCCAUGCAUAGCUGGGGCUUUUUUGUUAUUCUCUCAUGGAUGCCUAUCUACUUUAACUCGGUGCAUCAUGUUGAUCUCAGACAAGCAGCAUGGUUUAGUGCUGUUCCAUGGUGCAUGAUGGCAUUUACAGGAUACCUAGCUGGUUUAUGGUCAGACACAUUGAUAUGGACUGGUACCAGUAUCACUUUGACUCGCAAGAUCAUGCAGUCCAUUGGUUUUAUUGGUCCUGCGGUUGCUCUGAUUGGUUUAACCGCAGCAAAAACUCCAUCGGUUGCAUCCGCUUGGCUUAGUUUUGCUGUUGGACUUAAAGCCUUCAGUCAUUGCGGUUUCCUUGUCAACCUUCAGGAGAUUGCUCCACAUUAUUCUGGCGUUUUACAUGGGUUGUCAAAUACUGCUGGAACAUUUGCUGCUAUUGUGGGGACAGUUGGAACCGGUUUCUUUGUUGAGCUGGUUGGAUCAUUCCAAGGAUUUCUGUUACUCACAUCACUCUUAUACUUUCUUGCGGCACUUUUCUACAGUAAAUUUUCCACCGGAGAGAGAGUCAACUUUGAAGAAUCUGGUAUGAAUACUUAGUCUCUACAAGGCAUCGGAAACCUUAGCUGCCAAUGGAUUGUGGAGUGUGAAGUAUCUACGGCAACAGGAGAAGGGUGAGUAGUGAUUCCUGUGAAAAAAAGAAAGAAAGAACGGUCCCUGUCAGUUUCCUGUAUAAAGCCAAAGAAAUGUAAUGUAUAAUGCAUGAUGUUUACUUUGCACAUAAUCUGAUUAUCUGAAAUUAAUAAAAAAAAAUAUUGAAAGGAAGUGAUGAAUGUUGGAAGCUUUC